AUGGCGAGCUUUAAUGAAUUUACCGUACCAGUCGGUACUCGUCAUUCAUUCGGUAUAGAAUUGGAAUUUCUGGUAGCUUAUUUACCGAACGAUGCGCCGGACCCGAAUGAAACCGAAUCUCACUUGCUUCCUCCUUUACUACGAGUCGACACUUCGAACUACAAAGCCACGAGGGAAAUCAGGGAAAAUAUUCGCGCUACUCUUAGGGCAAAUGGGAUUCCUGUUUCUGAAGCUGGGAGUGGUUUCGCUACGCCAGUAGAUGGGUUUAGGGACGAGUCACCUUUUCGACUUCAUGAAAAAGACAAAUGGAACAUCGAUAUAGAUGGUAGUCUCAGAGAAAUGUUCAUUGAUAAAUACAAGUGGCAAGCUAUCGAAAUACAAAGCCCGGCGUUAUGGGUAACGGAUGAGUCGUUCAAGGAGAUCGAGUACGUUACCAACAUCCUCACUUCUAACUACCGCCUCCGUGUCAACCCGACAUGUGGUUUCCACGUUCAUAUCGGAAACGGAGUAGAUUUCUUCACAGGUGAAUCAAUAAGGAGACUAGGUAUGUUCCUCUGGGCUGCUGAUCCUACUCUCUCGCGUCUGCACCCCCCGUGGCGUAGAGUUCAUACAUAUUCAGCGAGUCUUCGCUACCACAGCCGACUAGCCACCGAAGGAAUGACCAUGAAAGAUGUGCGAAAUGAGUGCGAAUCGUGGUUGUCGACUGAUGACCCAAUAGCAAUAACCAAAUUCUCAGAUACCACUAGGGAAGAGGUGGCAUUCGGCAGCGUGGAGGGAUGGGAGGCAUACGCAAAAUGGCGCAAUCGUGUAGGUCCGUUUAUGACAUUAAGAGACGAUAUCGGCAGUGCAUCAACGGAAGACUCGUCAGACCAACCUCGCAGAGACUCAGAACCUUCCCUUCUACCAUCAUGGGAAACAGUGGAGCUUGUAGGGCGUCACCUACGCCAACAGGAAAGGGAGAGAGAUGUACCCCCUGAGGAUCAUACACUGCAUAGGAAUAUAGGCUGGAUUCGUUGGGACGCGUUGCAGGAUACUGAAGUCAUCGCACAUGUUUAUUCCCUUUGUAAAGACCAUUACGGAACCACAAAUCCCACCAGGCUUGACACCAUCGACCAGAUACAGCUUGUAAUUCUUGCACAAUGUGCCUUUAUGUACGGUAGCAGUAUCAGCGAGAUAGAUGAUGCACAAUUUUACCAAGUUAUACUAGCGAGCGCGCCAUAUUUCGAAGCCGCGCGUUUCGGUUGGCAAUACGAUUCAGCUGCUAAGAACUUCUUCCUAGCAUCAUCUAAAAUUGGCCCCAUACUCUCAAAGCCGAGACCGAAGAAGGAAGAGCGGAUCGACUCGCCCUAUAUCCUCAGAAAAUGGCAAAAUAUAGUCGAGCAAAUGGAACCAAAAGAUGACGAACAUCCUAGUUUAUCCGAAUACAACGAAGCUAUACAAACAAACGAGGGUAUCUCGAAUCUCUUCGAGAGAUUUAGAUCUCGUGCCGACUCCCCAGAUUCCCAAUAUCAGCGCGACAUACCAUCACCGCCGCGUUUUGAUGAUAUUAGCCCUACAUCGUCUGCUAUCAUAGCCGAUUAUUUAUCGUUUUCCCCUGGUGUCUCUGAGCCAGGUUCCAGCCCUCUCGAUCCUAGCCCGAAGCCUCUGCCCCAAAGGCCAUCUUCUAAUGAGUCAUCUAACGAUUCGCCACCUAUGCCUAAGUUACGAAGAGGUUUUUCUGAUAUAUCCUAUCACGACAAUAUAAAUCUCGACGGGCCGUACAGUCCUUUUCCCCUGUACCUCGAGCCUGAGGAUGAGUCCCGGCCACAGAAGAUUCGCCCCCACGAUGUAGAUGACAUCACAGCCCUCUAUCAGUCCGAAACCGCAAAGUAUGCCAGGAUCCCCGACCCAAUGUGGGACCGCAUCGGCUGGGUUCCGUCAAUCUUGAACCCUCUCCCGGACCCGGCCGGCGAGGACGCAAAAUCCGACCCUAUCUUUUCCCGCAGGGCCAUGUACGAAAGCCCGCCGGAGGUCAAGCCGCAUCCUAUUACUUCGGGGAUCCAAGGCAUCGCCAACCUCGCGGCCUGCGAUUCGGCCAUGGCCGUCGCGACGCUGCUCCAGGGCCCCUUCGGCUGCCGCCUCAACUACAACUUCAAGCACUACUCGGCGCUGGCGCUAAGAGACAACAGGGAAUACGGGCCCGCGUCGUCGAACUCGCGCACGAUCGAGUUCCGCGAGGCGGCGGGGACGCUGGACGCGAAGUGGAUCUCGACGUGGGUGCGCAUCACGGCGGGACUCGUGAGAUUCGCGCGGCGCGCGAGCCCUCGCGAUUACCUGGUUGUCUUGGACAAGCUUAUGGAGCAAGAGGAUCGCGACGUCGCUAUAAAGACGGCUAAGGCUACUGGGACUUACGAUCCCGCAGAUCACGACGAAGAGGAUAGGUAUGAUGUUUGCGACUUGCUCGAGGAUAUCGGGUUGUUCUCUGAGGCUGCUUUUAUUCGGAAGCGGGAACAGGAGUCUGGCCCGCCCAGGUGAGGAGGUAUAUAUAUAUGAGCUG